CGGUGUCACAGCCUUCUAGGAGAGAGACAGAGGGAGAGACGGAGCGGAGCAGAGGCUGGAGAGCAACGCGUCUCCCUCAGAGGUAAGACCGGAGGACAGUGACUUUACCGGGGACACGGAGAAGGGUCUAGGGAUGCGCCACUCGUGCGUAAAUCCUUGGCGCGGUCUCCGGAGCGCACAUGAAGCACGGAAAGAAAACAUCACCACCCGAGACCAUAAAUAACCAUCGUUAACCUUAUCUUGGGCACGUUCGGCCUAUAAAACUUAUUUAAAUAAUCUGCAACCGGGGGAGGAGAGAAUCAGGGGAGGAGGAGGGAGGAUAUCUUUGGUGAGGAUAAAUUCAACACCGGCAGACUGGAAGUGAUUUGGAGCCCGACAUAAGAACAGCAAAGUGACGGGAUGGAUCCGAGUGGAGAUACACAAACGGUCAAAUGUUUGUGAAGAGCUGGAAAGCUGCGACACAAAGCUGAGAGUGGAGCGCUCAUUCAGUGAGCAUGAAGCGGAGCGUCUGGCGCGUUUUCACGGGGAAGCCAAACAGAUCCACGUUGUUGCACCGACGAACUCUCCUAAGGUGACAUUUUCUCCGGAGAAACUCCAUCUGACAGGAUUAUUAUUUAAGCAUUUGACUUCCUUGCGUCACUCUGUAAGUGUCUGUCCAGUGUAAAUCGGGGAGGUAAGAGCGCAUGAGAACAGUUGCUUUUUGUAACAUCACAGAAACUGAAACAGAAGUGAAACUAAUGACUCUAAAUUAACAAGAGUGCCCGCUGUUAUCUUCUCAGUGACUUGCUGGUGGUCCCUGGACCUCAGAUUGAGAGCUGCUGCUCUAAAGACUGGGCUUUUUUCUGUUGUCUGUGAGUGGUCAGAGGCUGAGCUUGUUUGCUGAACUGUGCAUUACUAACUUUUAAGGCUCACUGACAAAUGACUGGUGUAGCCUGUGUGGGAAGAUGUCCAAAACGGAAAACAAAGACAGUGAUGUUGUUCUUAAAAACUGAUAUUUAAUUAUUUGAAAUCAGUGUAUAUUUGUCUCAAAAUGCUCAGAGACUCUUAGAGUCUCUUCAAACAUGGAGAAUACGUCAGUGCCCGUUGGUGCACUGCCAGUCUGCAACGACUCUGUGGACUUCUACUCAGGAAACCGCACUGACCUGAACUGUACUCCUCCCUUUGAGUUUUACUUCUACGCUGACCUUUAUGUCAUUUUACCGGUCAUCUACUCUGUGAUCUGCGCAGUGGGGCUGACAGGCAACACAGCUGUCAUCUAUGUAAUCCUCAAAGCCCCCAAGAUGAAAACAGUCACCAAUAUGUUCAUCCUGAACUUGGCCAUUGCCGAUGAUUUGUUCACUUUGGUGUUGCCGAUCAACAUUGCCGAACACUUGCUGCACUACUGGCCUUUUGGUGAGGUUUUGUGCAAAGUCAUCCUCAGCAUAGACCACUACAACAUCUUCUCCAGUAUCUAUUUCCUGACAGUUAUGAGCAUUGACCGCUACCUGGUCGUUUGGGCCACGGUGAGGUCCAAGCGCAUGCCUUACCGCACCUACCGUGCAGCCAAAAUCAUCUCAUUAUGUGUCUGGAUCCUCGUCAUCCUCAUCGUCAUGCCUUUCACUGUUUUCGCUGGCGUCUACACAGACCCCAAUGAUGGGAGGAAGAGCUGCGUGCUCAGCUUCCCCAGCCCUGAGAGUUUGUGGUUCAAAGCGAGCCGGAUCUAAACGCUCAUCCUGGGCUUCGCCAUUCCGGUCUCAACCAUCUGUAUCUUAUACACCAUGAUGCUCUACAAGCUGAGGAACAUGCGGCUCAACAGCAACGCCAAGGCGCUGGACAAGGCCAAGAAGAAAGUCACCAUCAUGGUGUUUAUCGUCUUGGCCGUCUGCUUGUUCUGCUGGACGCCGUUCCACCUCAGCACCAUAGUGGCUCUGACGACCGACCUGAGGACCACGCCGCUCCUCAUCGGGAUCUCCUACUUCAUAACCAGCUUGAGCUACGCCAACUCCUGCCUCAACCCGUUCCUCUACGCCUUCCUGGACGACAGCUUCAGGAAAGCUUUCAAGAAGAUGUUGGAAUGUAGACCGGCCUGAAUGUACGACACAUGAAACCUGUCGCAGAUGUUUGCAGAGUCUUACUGAGUGAGAACAGACUGUGGUGGAAAGACACGAUUGGAAAAAUCUGGGUUUGAAUUCUAACUCUCAGUGUAUGUGAUGCAGAUUUAAUAUGUGUAUGGUUUGGUUAAAGCUGCACUAGGCAAUACUGUUUGCACAUGAUAGCAAUAGGUAGUACGACCCUAUGAUUUCCGCGAUGCGAAAAACACGGAUGUAAUCAUAGAAUAUGACAAUAAAAAGUUAAAUCAGCUGUAAAACGCAGAAAAUUAUGGAAUUUGCCAAACUGUGGAUGCAGUUUGUAAAAAACAGGGUUUUCCCUACCUUGAUAAGUGUUUCGUAGCACCUAAGAUGAUUAGACAAGGAAAAUACUAUUCUGAUUUGUCAUUGUGUCAUUUACAGGCUCCUUGCUUCUCUCCUCCUGCACACACACACAAUGGGUGGAAAAAUUUCUGAGCAGUAUAUACACCCAGCUUAUCAGGCUCAUCUGCAAAACUUCGCCCUGCACUCUCUCUCAGACUUUAACAUCAGCUAGUUUGACCACGACGUUGCGAGUGACAGAGUUGCGAGUCAUAGCGUCUGAUGUUUCUGUGGUCACUCACAUCUUUUCUGUCAAAUGCAUUAAAAUGGCCCAGGAUGCACAUAACUAAUAAAACUUUUGUUUUUCAAGUGUUACAAAGUAAAAUUACAUGUAUGGAAAUCAGAUUAAAUUCACAGAGAGAAAAACAGUUCCCUGCUCUCCUUAUGAAUUAAGAAAUCCAAUCAAUUGUAAGCAAGAUUACUUAAUUUUUUUAUGUUGGGUGGACAGUGUUACUGCUGGGUCCUGCAGUCGAUCAAAAGACUGAGCACUUCAACAGUAGCAGCUAAACUGAGAGCAGAGCAACAUGAAGGUCAGAUGUGGAGCUUUUAUUUUUUAACAAGAGGAUGGUUUUGUUUUUUAGCUGUAUCGAAGCACUUUACUGAUAUUAAAAAAAGUCGUACAAUGUUGCAUCACAUCAAUUUUAUUGAUAUUAAUUACAUUUUUAUUAUUUUGUUUAUUGAAUAGUUUAAAUUUUAUGUAUCUAUCAUGUGAUUGUCAGGCUCAAUCUGAAUCUGUAGAUUUUUGAAUUGUGUUCAGCGGUGAUCCAAAAUGCAGAAUUCUGCAGACUUUUUUUCGUUUGUUCGUAAUGUGAUAAAUAUUAAUUUAUGAUAACAAUGGUUUUUGAACAAAUAUAACCUCACAUAAUACAGUCAAAUCUAAAAUAGACUCAAGCAGGCUAAAAGAACAACUGUCGAUUUUAGAAACUUUGAAUCAGAACAUUCAUUUAUUCAUGAAUACUUACAAAAAAAUUUAAACAUUUGUUGGAAAAGUUAAUCAACAAAAUGUGGGACACAUGGCCAUUAACAACCCAGUCUCUCUCCUGUUGAAAUCUGGCGCUUGGGGACUGACUUGCAGCAUCAGACAAUGACGAAAAAAGCUGUCCCUAAACAUCGACAGGGUGUGCAGCUGGUCGCCGUUAUAGUUUAAUGGCGUACGGCGGUGUCAGGGGGAAACACAGCAAAACAUGAAUGAAAGCUAAGGCGCAGAAAGUCUGAGUGGAUGGGUCAAACAACCACUGACUUUCACCCAGGAAGUGAUGUUCAUGUCCUUUAAGUUUAUAAAACCAAACCCUGUUCGUUUUGCCUAAACCUGACUGUGUGCGUUAUUUGGAGAAAAACAAUGUCAAUUCACGCUGUUGUACCUACGUAGUACAUUUAUUUUGAAAGACCUGUGUAUAUCCUGUGAAAACAGAAGAACAUGUGUGAGACGAAGAGCUGAUUGGGUGUCACUGUAAAGUCAUCACUUCCUGUGGGCGGAGACUAUCUCCUGCCAGCACCAGUGGUUUUUGUCACAGCUGGACUGUUUGUAUUUUUGCAGAAUUUGCCUAGUGCAGUUUUUAUGGCUCUGAGAGCACAGAGUGUGUGUGUGUGUGUGUGUGUGUGUGUGUGUGUGAGUGAGUGAGAGAGAGAGAGAGAGAGAGUCAUUAAAGUUAAUAGAAAGGGGCAGUGCUGCUGCAGUAGGUAAUGAUAAUGGUCGACAUACAGGACAAUAACUGCAUUAAGAAAAACAACAGCUCGUUAAGCGGUAACUUUCAUCAGAAGAACUGUGUCUGAAGAACUGGCCGUGAAAUCUGUUUUCCAAGUUAAGACUGCAAUUAAAAUGUCAGCCCUUUUUUCACGAUGGUAAAAAAUCCAAUUAUGAGGCAGCGAGCGGAGCCGGGUUGCUGCAAACAGUCAUGACCUUCACUGGACUCCGUCUGAACCGAGGAGCGCCUCUGAAAGGUGGAACAUCUGCUGUGUGGAGAAAAUACAGUUCAACACGGUGUCACUGAUUUGCAUGCUGUCAAUCAAAUCAACAUCAUGCGAACAGUCAGGGUUGGAGGGGAGCAGGAUGCACGUCAGGGGAUGACAGGUGAUCGUCCGUCACAAAAACUGGAGAGAAAAAGUUUUUAGAAUCAAAACUAGUGGGACUUGAGAAAUGAUGUGUGAUCAUGUAUGCAAACACUUCAUCUGCCUUUAAAUGACGCUGUGUUUUGAGGAAUCUCAAAGAAACCAAAUGAUGCAUUUUGUGGAUUGCUUUUUGAGUUCUGUUUUUUGGGGGUAAAUAAGCAGGUUACAGAGAUCCAUUUGCAAAAUAUGAUCUGAACAAUGAAAAGGUUGAGGAAUGAACUCUUUAAAUGAUGGUACUGUUUGGAUGAAGACGUUCUUGUACACAUUAUUUUUCUCCAGAAUGUAUAUGAACCACUUAAGAAAUGAAAAAGGAACCUUACCAACCCUGACAACAGUACUGUAGGCCUGAUAUGAGACAGGCAUGGGACAGGAGGGCUAUGUAAAAUGUAAUGUUUAGCUUCACCUCUUAUUUUUUGUAAGCUUGUGUCGCCCCCUGCUGUCAACAGGGUGGUGCUACCUUAAAAUGCAGCCAGAGCCAUUUACAGAGUUUGUGCAAAGACUCACCUGAGGGGAGUUACACAGUUUCACACAUCGUGUGUCAGUGUCUGUGACAUCUAUAAAGAUUAUCUACAAUUUCUGUUUUCAUUUCAUGGAGAUUUGUGAACAGCAUCUUUUCUCAUAUCUUGCAUGUCAUCAGUUAAUUCUCAGUUGUAAAGUCUUUUUUAAGAGUCUCUGCAGUUCAGUGAGAUUCACGAUCUUCCUGUGCACAUUCAGCAUUUAUCUCCACCCAAAGUUCCUGUGUACAGUUAAACACAUGAAGACGUUGAAAACAUGAUGGCAUUGUGCCACGGAGAGGAAACAACAGAUGGAUUUGAGGCCUCACAGUGUGAAGUUACAGUAUCA